GGAAAAUGUUAGCCUGGCUUGUAUAAAUAGAUAACGUUGGGUUAUCCACUUCACCCAUCCUCGUGCAUCACAAUUAAUAUUCCACUUCAACUAAUUAAAGUCCAUGGCUAGCUUCCGAUCUUCUCUCCUGCGGCCAUUAACACCCAUGUUCUUUAUAAACUUCUUGAUGUUCCUCUUUUUUCUAAACAAGGUGACCUCAACAGACACUCUCUCUUUCUCUUUCACUGAGUUCGUGCCAAACCAACGAGACUUAAUCUUCCAAGGUGAUUCCCUUGUUAGCUCAACAGGGAGGUUGCAACUCACCCAGAUACAGGACGGCCGCCCAAUCUUUAACUCGAUCGGCCGAACUCUCUAUGCGGCCCCGGUUCACAUUUGGGACAGCAAAACAGGCAACAUGGCCAGCUUCGUCACUUCCUUCUCCUUUAUCAUUAACGCACCCGACAGGUCCAAAACCGCUGAUGGCCUUGCCUUCUUUCUUGCACCGGUUGACACCCAGCUCCAAAAUCCUGGUGGUGGACUACUCGGACUCUUCCCCAACCAAAAUGAAAGCAAGUCAUACCAAGUCGUCGCGGUUGAGUUCGACACCUACUUGAACCCUUGGGAUCCCAGCUUUGAACACAUUGGAAUUGAUGUCAACUCCAUUCAAUCAGUGAGAGGUGUAUCGUGGGAAUUGGAGAGUGGCCAAGUAGCUAAUGUUGCCAUAAGCUAUCAAGCUUCCAACAAACUCUUGACCGCCACUUUGAUCUAUCCUUCCGGUCAGGCCAAAAUCGUCUCUUCUGUUGUAGACUUGAAGAGUGUCCUUCCUGAGUUUGUUAGAGUUGGUUUCUCAGCUUCCAGUGGACUCAGUCAAAACUUUGUUGAAUCACAUGAUGUUCUUUCAUGGUCUUUUGAAUCCAAGUUACCACCUGGUAGCAAAGGUGUUGCUUCCAAUAACGUGCAUGUUGUUUCCAGCUCUGGACUCGAUUCCAUCUAGUAUAUAUAGUUUUGAAAAUGUUAUGUGAGUCCAUGUGACCGAAAAUAAAACUACCUUAAUAAGACCUGCAACAAUGGUUAUCUGUGCACCGUUCAUAUGUUUCACAACAGUAUAUAAAGUAAUGUCACAGUUUAAUGUAA